GUCUUGCCGUGAAGUGGCGCGCAUCGUUCGGCCGCUGAGCGAUUUUUGUCCUCUGUGUUUUUGUUAAAGCGAAUUUCAUUAUUUUUAAUACGAACCCAACAACAACAACAACAAAAAAUAUAUAUACACAGUCACAUACGCAACGCACGCAUUUGGCAUCGCUAUUAAUAUAUCAAAACAACAACAACACAAUUAUCAAUUCACGUUGAGUGACAGCCGGCUUUUUGAAUAAUACAUUAAAGCGUUUCGACUGUAAACAACAACAACAACAACCACCAUUCGCGAGCCACAACGCGAAAGAUGUCGUCUCCUUCUCCUCCUCCUCCGCCCUCCAAGCAACCCGGCCCCAACUUCGUGGGCAUGAACAGCGUUCUCAAGUCCCUGCUGGAAAAUCCGCUCAGCCUCAAGCCUGGAGCCGACUCUGGCAAGGACAAGGAGAAAGGCAUUGAGGACGAGGCGACGGGCAGCAACAUGAUGGCCUCGGCCUUCCUGGGCCCCACGCUUUGGGACAAGACGCUGCCCUACAUGGACAACUUCCAGCUCGAGUACAUGGACCUGGACGAGUUCCUGUCCGAGAACGGCAUCCCGCCCGCUCCGGGCGGCUCGUCUGCCGCCACCCCGGCCGCCCUCGUACCGCCGCAGCAGCAGCAGCAGCAGCAGCAGCAGCAGGCGGCGACAACUCAGUCGUCGCUGCCGCCAUCGUCGACAUCGUCGUCGUCGUCAUCGUCGUCGUCCAUCCCGCAGACGCUGCCAUCGACCAUUCCGCCAUCGGCGACGCAGCCCGGCACCGUGACCAUGCUCCUGCCGGUCGGAGGCGGUGGUGGAGGAGGCGGUGGUGGAGGAGGCGGUGGUGGAGGAGGCGGUGGUGGAGGAGGCGGUGGUGGAGGAGGCGGUGGUGGAGGAGGCGGUGGUGGAGGAGGCGGUGGUGGAGGAGGCGGUGGUGGAGGAGGCGGUGGUGGAGGAGGCGGUGGUGGAGGAGGCGGUGGUGGAGGAGGCGGUGGUGGAGGAGGCGGUGGUGGAGGAGGCGGUGGUGGAGGAGGCGGUGGUGGUGGGGGAGGUGGUGGAGGAGGAGGAGGAGCAGGCCUGCCCUCCUCCGCCAACGCCACAGUGGUGGCGCCCGCCGGAAUGCACACGGAGAUUUCAGGAUCGAGGAUCGGUGGUGUCCGCCCGGUGUCCGUGCAGCUGGAGCCGCCGGUUCGCUCCCCGUCCGUGGUGGACCUCAGUAGCCGCACGGCGCCGCCGCCACCGCCGCCACCGCAGGUCGCGGUCAGAGGCGAGCCUCGCAACACGCCCAGUCCCAUCGACCCCGAGAGCAUCGAGGUGUCCAUCGGCUACGACCCGGACCCCGUCGACCUCGCGCUCUCCUCCGUGCCGGGCCAGGAGAUGUUCGACCCGCGGAGGCGCAAGUUCAGCGAGGAGGAGCUCAAGCCACAGCCCAUCGUGAAGAAGGCCAAGAAGAACCUGAUCCCCGUCGACCUCAAGGACGACAGGUACUGGGCCCGCCGCAGGAAGAACAACGUGGCGGCCAAGCGUUCGCGCGACGCCCGGCGGCUCAAGGAGAACCAGAUCGCGGUGCGCGCCGCCUUCCUCGAGAAGGAGAACUCGGUGCUGCGGCAGGAGAUGGCCGAGCUGAAGCGAGACCUGGGACGCUUUCGCAACAUCGUCGGCAAGUACGAGGCCAAGCACGGCUCGCUGUGAGACGUCCACCGCCAGCCCCGCUCUCCGCCCGCCCGCUCGCCCCGCUCGCCCCGACCGCCCAUCUCCCCCGUCGUCUCGUCCGUCUCGCCACGGCGGGACCGAUCGUCCCUCUGCCGGCGGCGUUGGCGUCUCGCCCCGCAGCCGCAGCCAGCCGACCCCGACGAGUCUGGCCGGCGUCUGGCCCGGCUUGUCUGCUCGUCGGCCACCAACGGCUGACGGAUCGGCCCCCCGGUCUCCCGCCCGCCCGCCCUAGCGUCGUCACGGUCAUCCUCCUCCUCCUCCUCGCCAUCGUCGCCCCACGUCGUUCACCCGUUGCUCGCCCCCUUCGUGCCCACGCCACGCUGACCCCCUCUCACCGGCGCGGGGGUCGGGGGUGAGGGUUGUGUGCAGGAAGCAGCAGUGCAUUGUGGAUUCAAUCGGUCCGGGCCUCCGGCGGCGAUGCAGCGGUGGCGUGCGAGGCGAGGGCGGCCGUCCCGGUGAGGCGGAGCGGUCGAACGCCGUCGGCCGUGGGUUGUGUUUGCGUUGUGCACCCGCUGUGUGUUUUGCGUCGCACGCCGCUGUGUAGCUCAUAGGGGGGGGGGGGGGGGUGGGGGGACGGCUCUUUAGUUUCUUUGCUCCGUGAGCAUUAGCCGUUGCCGUGGGAGUGGGAUGGGGGGGUCGGGCGACCGACAAGAAACGUGGCGGCCGCCACUGCCGAUCCGCCGCUGCUACUGCCGCCACCGUGGGGGGAGGCCGGGGGGUGUGGGGGGAGAGGUUUUCAACCGCGGAGUGAAAAAUGUUAAAACUCUGCGAGCUUGGCCGAGGUUCGCACGCGGAUUCGCGGACCCGGCGGUUUGGAAGGGCGAGCGUGUGGACCCCCCCCCCCCCCUUCACGCGAGAACCCCCUCGCGUCUUGAACCCUUCGCAUGAAACCCGAGCGAUCACCUUAACCCACCCCGGAUGUCGUCGCCCGGCACCGCGUCCGACCGCGCCCGAACCCAACCUUCUCCCGUCGCACACCCCCCCACCGCGUCGCAAGGUCCCACCAGCCGAGGCGUGCCCGUCUAACUGUAAUCACGACCACGGCGAUGGGCGAUGGAUAAAAAAAAAAAAGUCACGACCGCUCAGAUGUUUGCGGGUGAUGGCGGCGGGCACCGGGCCCGCGGUCGCGCGUCAUCGCGAAUUGCGAAACGUCGCCGCGACUCCCACGGUUCACCGCCCCCGCAAUUGGCAUCGCCCGGUGGCAUGUGCCUCUCCCGGGGCGAGCGGGGGGUGACUGCCUGCCAAGCGGCGCUGUCAAGCGAGUUCAGCGGCCUCUUUUGCUCCCUCUCGUCGGGUGCCAAAAGGGCAGCGUGCCCACGCGUCUCCCACCAUCAAAACCUCCGCCCCCCCCCCCCUUUCCCCCCCGGGGCAGCUCCACCAUACCUGCCCCCCCCUCUCACCUGGGUGUAACGCCCGCAGCCAGCGCACACCUGAGAUCCCCUCCCCCCCACCCACCCGCUCCCCACCCCGUGGAAAACUACCGGCCGCGUUACGUGGGUCCUGCCAGAGGAAGGGAGGGGGUGGCGGCGGCGGGUCGCGACCGUCGCCACGUCCAGACCGUGAGCGCGCUGGCGGUUACCUGCGGGCGGCCGACGAGGGGCGAUGGGGUCAGGGGGGUGACGAGGGGGGGGGGUGGGGG